CGUUUCGUAUCCAGUACCGGAAGUGACGCCCCCAUUCCCGCCUUCUCCCCCUUCCCACUCCUCCGAGCUCGCGCCGCCUCCGUGACUGGAUAGCGCUGCCGCUCGAGGCGGAAGAUGGCGGACGGAGUGGAUCAUAUAGAUAUCUACGCAGACGUGGGCGAGGAGUUUAACCAGGAGGCAGAAUAUGGUGCACAUGAUCAGAUUGAACUUUAUGAAGAUGUCAUGUCACCAUCUGCAAACAAUGGCGAUGCUCCAGAGGACAGAGACUACAUGGAUAAUCUUGCAACCUCUGUUGGAGAUGAUGUAGUGAAAGGAUCCGUUCCUAAUAUCGUCUAUACCUUUACUGGUAAAAGAAUAGCACUGUACAUUGGAAAUCUAACAUGGUGGACAACUGAUGAAGACUUGACAGAUGCUGUUCAUUCUUUGGGUGUUAAUGAUAUUUUGGAAAUAAAAUUUUUUGAAAAUCGUGCAAAUGGCCAGUCAAAGGGGUUCGCACUAAUAUGUGUUAGUUCUGAAUCCUCGUCAAAAAAGCUUAUGGAUCUUUUGCCAAAAAGAGAGAUGCAUGGGCAGAAGCCGAUCGUUACACCUUGCAACAAGCAGUUCCUUAGUCAGUUUGAAAUGCAGUCAAGGAAAACAGCUACACAGGCUGGCCAAAUGUCUGGAGAAGGAAAAGCUGGUCCCCCUGGCAUCAAUGCUCGUUUACCAUUUCCACCGGGUGGCAGAGGGAGGGGCCGCUUCCCAACUUCAGGUCCUGGUGGUGACAGGUUCCCUGGGCCUGCUGGACCUGGAGGGCCUCCACCACCUUUUGCAGCAGGGAUGACCCCACCAAGACCUCCUAUGUGCCCUCCAGGUCCACCAGGACCCCCUGGCCCGCCUCCACCUGGACAAUCUCUUCCUCCUCCUUUGCCUGGUCCUCCAAAUCGUGGUGACCGACCUCCUCCUCCUGUUAUGUUUCCUGGACAACCAUAUGGUCAACCUCCCAUAGUACAACUCCCACCUGGUCCACCACCUCCUGUUUAUGGUCCACCUCCUGGUCCACCUCCACCACAACAAGGCCCUCCCCCACCCCCAGGUCCUUUCCCUCCACGUCCUCCAGGUCCUCCAAUGGCACUUGGCCCUCCUCCUCACUUACCAGGACCACCUCCAGGUGGACCACCACCGGCUCCACAUGUGAAUCCAAACUUCUUUCCCCCACCUGGUAAUGCUGGUAUGCCUUCUUCAGAUAGUCGGGGCCCUCCACCAUCAGAUCCGUAUGGUCGUCCACCUCCAUAUGAAAGAGGAGACUAUGGUCCACCAGGAAGGGAUAUGGAUGUUGUCCGAACACCUUUAAGUGAGGCAGAGUUUGAAGAAAUAAUGAACAGAAACAGAGCAAUUUCAAGCAGUGCCAUUUCAAGAGCAGUCUCUGAUGCCAGUGCUGGUGACUAUGGAAGUGCUAUUGAAACUUUGGUCACUGCAAUUUCUUUGAUAAAACAGUCUAAAGUUUCAGCAGAUGAUCGUUGCAAAGUGCUGAUAAGUUCCUUGCAGGAUUGCCUUCAUGGAAUUGAAUCAAAGUCUUAUGGUUCAGGGUCUAGAAGACGUGAGCGUUCAAGGGAAAGGGACCACAGUAGGUCAAGAGAAAAGAGCAGGCGUCAUAAAUCCCGUAGUAGAGAUCGCCAUGAAGACUAUUAUCGUGAAAGAAGUCGGGAGAGGGAGAGACACCGGGAUAGAGAACGGGAUCGUGACAGGGAACGGGACAGAGAGAGAGAAUAUCGACAUCGCUAACAGUUGAAAGAAGAGGAAAGCCUUGAAAGAGCAGAAGUUCUCAUCAUGGAGGAGAAAGCUUGCCCGUCUCUUUGCUUCUUAUGGUUCACCUUCUCAGCAUUCAUGGAUAUUAUGAGCAGAGAUAGAUGUGAAUAAAGCAAAUCUGCAAACAUGGUAACCAGUAGAUCUUUUAUUUUUUACAUUGCUUGUUUUAUUUCAAUGAAACCUGUGUGACUUAAACAUUAACAGCUUUUGCAACUUUGACUGGUUAUAAAAUACAUUUUGACAAUUUAUAAUGUGCAAGCAAUUUGGAAAGUCCAAUUCUUUCUUGUUUUUAUAGUAGUUUGUUCUUGUUAAAAUGUUCAUGUUCAGAUAAUGUCUGUAAAUGUCACCACCCUGGUUACAAUAGAUGUAGUGUUGGAAUAAACAGUUAAACGGG